AUGGCAUCCUUCUUCAGCUCCCCCACAAAAGUCAUCGGCGCGUCGAUUGCCAUGCGUGCAAUCCUCCUAGUCUAUGGCGCCUGGCAAGACGCCCACUCACCCAUCAAAUACACCGACAUCGACUACCUCGUCUUCACCGACGCAGCGCGGUACGUCUCGCGCGGGGCAUCUCCCUACGCGCGCGACACGUACCGCUACACGCCGCUGCUCGCCUGGCUUCUCCUCCCGACGACAUGGGACGUCCCGGGCUUCUUCUCGUUCGGGAAGGCGCUGUUUGCGCUCGCGGAUGUCGUCGCGGGGUGGCUGAUCGCCAGAUCGCUGGUGUCGGCGUAUGGGAUGAGUCCGACGCGUGCGCUGAAGUAUGCGAGUGUCUGGCUGCUGAACCCCAUGGUUGCGAAUAUUAGCACCCGGGGCAGCUCGGAGGGGUUGCUCGGGGUUAUUGUUGUGGGGUUGUUGUGGGCGGUGCUGAGUCGGCGGGUGACCCUUGCGGGUGUGAUUCUGGGGUUGGGCGUGCAUUUCAAGAUCUAUCCGUUUAUUUAUGGGCCGUCGGUUCUUUGGUGGUUGGAUGCGCGCAGGGACGGCUCGCCUCCUCCUACCUCUAGACCGCCGGCUGCGGAUUCAGCUACAGCUGCGCAAGAGAAAGGGAAGGACGAGAACCUCCUAUCCAAGACCCUCCAUUUCCUCACCCCUGCCCGCAUCCACCUCACCCUCGUCGCGCUGGCCACUUUCUCUGCCCUCAACAUCUCAAUGUACAUCCUCUACGGCCUCCCCUUCGCCCAACACACCUACCUCCACCACCUCACCCGCAUCGACCACCGCCACAAUUUCUCCCCCUACAGCACCCUCCUCUACCUCUCCGCCGCAGGCGGCACCCAGACGGCCUUUGAGUCCCUCGCCUUCAUCCCCCAGCUCCUCCUGGCCGUGGUAGUCAUCCCGCUGGUCCUGGGGAAGAGGAGUCUGGCGGGGACGAUGCUCGCGCAGACGUUUGCGUUUGUGACGUUUAACAAAGUUUGCACGAGUCAGUAUUUCCUCUGGUACCUUAUCUUCCUCCCGUUCUAUCUCCCGUCUUCAUCGUUGAUGAAGUAUCCGAGGAAGGGGAUACUGGUUGGGCUGUUGUGGGUUGUUGCUCAGGCACUCUGGCUUCAACAGGGCUAUAAGCUCGAGUUCCUGGGCCUGUCGAGCUUCGUCCCGGGGUUGUUCCUGGCGAGUUUGUUUUUCUUCGUGGUCAAUGUUUGGAUUCUGGGCGUUAUUGUUGAGGAUGUGGCGGGUGUAGGCACUGGCUCGGCUUGA